AUGGCCUCAGGCGCCGUAGGGUACGACUCCUGCCGGAUCUGCGGCAAGACGACCACGCCGAUCUCGUGCCCAGAAUGCGGUCUACAAGGCUACUGUGGGCCUGAGCACCUAACGGCGGACGAGGACCGUCAUCAGAAGGCCUGUCGUGUCAUCCGAAAGUUCCAGAUAAUGCUCGAAAGGGAAGAGAGUCAGAGGCCCGCUGAUGACUUGAAGAAGGAAGAUUUCAGAUACUGUCGUCAGCUCGUCAUGCUCCUUCUCAAAAUCGAAACCUCCCGGGCCGACAGGCUGGCUCAGACCUAUGUCAUACCCCUGCAUAAAGUACACGGCGGACGCAACGUGCGGAUGUAUACCAUCGCUCCGAUUUUGGAUAUCCGCCUCGGCAACGAACAGGGAUGCUACGACUACCUUAAGAUCGAAGCCAAACCCCUGCAUGAGACGAUCACGCAGACCCCGAACCUAUCUGCGCAGGAUGUCUUCGAAUCUCUGGAGCCGUUCCGAUCAAGGUUCGCCGACUUCUUUGGGCCUCACCUUGUUUGCUUGACCUUGCUCAAGUACCGGCUUCUGCUCGACGUGACGGCGCUCCAAGUGUAUUCCGACACCGUCCGUGACAGCAAGCUGCCGCAGGAGAUCCACGACCAAGUGCGGGGCUACCUGGUCUGCUGCAACACCGUGCGCAACAACAGAGCCAUCAUGUCCAGCACAGAUCAAUCCUUGGUUAUCGAGCAGUUGCGCACCCAGUUGAUGGACCUCUUCACGUAUGAUGGCUGCGCCACUUGUCCAACGUGGGGCCUGCUUCUUGGGCCGCGUGAGUCGAUAGAAGCAGCUUUGUUAGCUCCCGUCGGACUCGAUUGCCACACGGCAGACACGCUCAGUGCUAUCAAGCACACCUACGAGGCGUGGCGGCAGACACCGGGUGCCAUCGACUUCGUCAGGGGCAUGUUGUCGGGGAACGCCUCCACGCCCGGGAUUCGAGAGGAUCCCAUGUUUGGCAAGUGGCAGCUUGGAUGGCCAGACUCGGUCAAAGAAGCUCUCGCCAGAUCCCGCAGGGCGAAACGCCGAAGAGAAAGGUCCUCUUCUCCCAUACCAGAGGGGAGCGGGUGA